AUGCGCAGCUUAAAAAGCGCGAAAAAAACAAAAAUGGCGGACGAUGGAAGAGUCUCUGUUAAUAGCAAACAAACAGUUCUCAGAAUUCACGAUAAAAUUAAAAAGGAAGUGCAUGAAAUAGCAAGUAAGAAGUCUUGGAAUUCGCAACAGAAAGAGGAAUUUGAGAGAAAGCUGCUCGAGCUUUACAAGGAAUCUGUUGAGGAAACUAUCAAAGAAAACGUAACCAUUGGCGGUCAGGCCUGGGAUAAUGUAGGCGAGUCAGAAGCUUCAAGUAGUUCUCUUCUUCAGGAAGAAAUGGAGCCCCUUAACAGAGACAGAAUUACAGAAGUUCUUCAAAUAUGUUCUGAACUGGAUGAUAUGAUCAGAGAUACCACACAGAAACGUAAAAAAUAUCCUCAGCAAAUUGUUGAAGGAGUCAGUAACAUUCUUCAGAGCCAUAAGGAAUUUUUGGAAAACUAUCAGCCGGUGAUUAAAAGCAACUUAUUGUCUGGUGGGUCCAAUGUCAUAACACCAGAUUUGGAAGAGUGCAUACAGAGAUUACAAGGAGCAGCAUCUGAUGUUAUGCAGCUAUCAAAGGUGUGUUUUUUAUUAGAAAAAAAUGACAGAGGGGUUUGAGGUACAUGUAGUUGUAUACAAGAGUACAUUGUGGC